GGUGGUUGCUAGGCUGCGCUCGGGGCCUAGCAGGCCCGGGUCAGCGCGGCCGGUCAGCCGGGGCCGAGCCAGCCAGCCAUGGCGGCCUCGCCUCGCUCGCAGGCGCGGGGCUCGGAGGGCCCGUGCUGCGUGCUGUGCUGCGGGGAGCUGGAGGUGGUGGCGCUGGGCCGCUGCGAGCACCCCAUCUGCUACCGCUGCUCCGUGCGGAUGAGGGCGCUCUGCGGGGUGCGCUACUGCGCCGUCUGCCGGGAGGAGCUGGCCCAGGUGGUCUUUGGGAGAAAGCUGACAUCCUUUUCAACAAUAGAUCUCAAUCAGUUGCAGCACGAGAAGAAAUAUGACAUUUAUUUUACUGAUGGAAAAAUUUAUGCUCUCUAUAGGAAACUCCUGCAGCAUGAAUGCCCGCUGUGCCUGGAAGCCAGGCCCUUUGCCACCAUUGUGGAACUGGAACAGCAUAUGAGGAAACAGCACGAGCUUUUCUGUUGCAAACUGUGUGUGAAGCACCUGAAGAUCUUCACCUAUGAGCGCAAGUGGUAUUCACGCAAGGACCUCGCCCGGCACAGAAUCCAUGGGGACCCUGAUGACACAUCUCAUCGCGGACAUCCCUUGUGCAAAUUUUGUGACGAGCGCUACUUAGAUAAUGACGAGUUGCUGAAGCACUUGCGGAGGGACCACUAUUUCUGCCACUUCUGUGAUUCUGAUGGGGCCCAGGAAUAUUACAGCGAUUAUGAGUACCUCCGUGAACACUUCCGUGAGAAGCACUUCCUCUGUGAAGAGGGGCGAUGCAGCACUGAGCAGUUCACUCAUGCGUUCCGGACUGAAAUAGACUACAAAGCACACAAGACGGCUUGCCACAGCAAGAACCGGGCGGAGGCCAGGCAGAACCGACAGAUUGACCUGCAGUUCAACUAUGCGCCAAGGCAUCAGCGAAGGAAUGAGGGUGUCGUCAGUGGAGAAGAUUACGAAGAGGUUGACCGAUAUAACAGGCAGGUGAGAGGAGGUCGGUCAGGACCCCGCAGUGGGCAGCAAAACAGGAGAGGAAGCUGGAGGUAUAAGAGGGAGGAAGAAGACCGAGAUGUUGCUGCAGCUGUCAGGGCGUCAGUCGCUGCCAAAAGGCAGGAAGAAAAAAACCGAGGCGAAGACAAAGAGGAGGGGGCCCAGGCCAAAAAAGAAGAGCUGAAAAAUUCAGAGGCAGGCGCCUCUAAGCGAGGGCCAAAGCCGCCCUCGGAAGGCCCAGUUCCCAUGGAAGCGGCAGCGAAGGCUGUGUUAAGCCAAGAUGACUUUCCUGCCUUCGGCUUGCCUGCUGCUGGCUCCACGCAAAGCUCUGUCCAGCCAGCUCUGGUAGAGCUGAAGGAAGAGGACUUCCCCAGUCUCUCCUCCUCCACACCCUUCCCAGUCCCUUCUGCAAUGUCCUUGACGUACACAGCUACGGCCAAGAAGACAUCUUUCCAAGAGGAGGACUUCCCUGCCUUGGUAUCCAAAGUCCAGCCAAACAACAAGGCCUUGUCAACCCUCUCUUCCGCCUGGAACAAUGGCUCCAGCAAAAACGUGGUGAAAGCCAUUGCUCCCAGUACCAUGGGUGCCACCCAGCCAGCCAAGAAGACAGUGCCAAGCAGCGGAGGAGGCAAGAAGACCAAGGCCACUGUCUCCGUUGAGGAUGACGGUGGUGGCAGCAUCAGAACUCAGGAGAUCCGCAGUGCUCCCACGAUGGUUGACGUGUCCUCCUUGCUGGCGGCCUCAAACACACAGACUUUUGUGAAAGUAGGCAAGAAGAAGAAAGUUGGGGCCGAGAAGCAGAGGGUAUCAUCGCCACCCGUGUCACUACAGGAGGUGCUACCCCAUGUCCCUUCUGGGGAAGGGGCACCAGAGGCUGAGCCCCCCACAAACACUUGUGCAGCGGAGACAGCAGAAGCAGUUGUGAAUGGCUACUCAGAAAAGCCUGCCCCUUGCAAAGCUUCCAGUGAGCCACCUGGUUUCAAGAAGCCCCCAACACCUAGCCAGCCCCUCUUGCCUCAGGAAGACUUCCCAGCCCUUGGCAGCUCUGGACCGCCUCGAAUGCCUCCACCGCCAGGGUUCAAUUCUGUGGUGCUGCUGAACAGCCCACCGCCGCCUCCAGGGCUCGCAGUGCCUCUCGGCAAACCCCCUCCUGGCUUCACUCCAAUUCCAUCUACUGGGGUCUCAGAACUUGCCCCUGCAAAAGAGGCCAAGUCCUGUCAGGGACCCUACUUGAUCCUGGAAAAUUUCCAGCAGCGGAACAUGCAGCUCAUCCAGUCCAUCAAGGAAUUCCUCCAGAAUGACGAGUCGCAGUUCAACAAGUUCAAGACUUACUCGGGACAGUUCAGGCAGGGUUUGAUUUCUGCUGCUGAAUAUUACAAGAGUUGCCAGGAGCUCCUGGGCAAGAACUUCCAGAAGAUCUUCAGUGAGCUCCUGGUGCUGUUGCCGGACACAGCCAAGCAGCAGGAACUGCUUGCCGCUCACACCGACUCGAAGGCCAAGGAGAAGCCGGGCAGCGGGUGCUUGGCCUCCAGCAAGUCCAAGAAGAACCGGAAGAGCGCUUGGCAGGUGGACUUGGAUCUGGACCUCGAGUGCUGCUGCUGCUGCCCCAAGUGCCACCAAGUGCUGACCCAGCAGGACCUCGCGGCCCACAAGGCCCUGCAUCUGGAGGACGAGGAAUUCCCUUCCCUGCAGGCCAUCAGCCGGAUCAUCAGCUAGCUCUUCCAGGCAACCAAUAAACGCCCCCCCGUCUCCAUUGGAGCGUUUUGCACGUCUUGGGAGGCAGGGUCCAGGCAGAGAGGAGGGGAGCAACCAGAUCCACGCAGGCCAGAAGGGGGGUCGUAAGGCCGAGGCCGGAAGGCACAGCAGGUUCAAGGGACUGUUGGUGCCCUGAGCCAGUCAUGGCUCUCAGGGCACAGCCUUCUGCCAUUGCAGGGUGGUGCGGCGGAGUGUCUCUGCUACCCUGACUCAUUUCUGACCUUAGCACCAAUAGAGAAAUAGAGGGGGGGGGGUUGGUUGGUUGGUUGGUUGGUUGGUGUGCUUUUUACUAGCACAGGAAUGUUCUGCUGCCGAGAAGCCAGCGUAAACAACUCGCCAGUUACAGUUAAGAGGCAAGAAGGGGUGGGGUGGGGUGGGGUGCAGAGGGUUAAGGGGUCUGGGAAUGCAGAGCAGGGUGGAGAAGGCGCUGCUGUAGCCGAGGAUCUUUCUGUUCUCUUCCCUCCUCCCCACACCAGUUUCUUUGGAACCUCUUUCACACAGAGGUGGGCCUGCACCAGCCCUGGGGUCACAGCUGGCUUGCUGGAGCUUUUAAUACAGUGUGUUGAACAAUUUGGCAGGAACACGGUUGAUUCUACUGGAAAACUGUGGAACAAUUUGAAGGCUGGGAGGAGGAGGAGAGGAGGAGAUAUGUGGAUCUCCACCCACUUCCCCAGACCUCAGGUUGGAUCUAAGUCAGAGCUGUCCAAUGUAGGCAGGCCUCAGCUGUAUCCUCGGGCUGAAAAACUUGCCCACCCCAGUCUGAAAAGAUGUUUUGCACCUAGAAUUUGCUCUUAAGCCUCUUUUUCUGUAAAGAAACCCAGAUUUGUUUUCUGAAUUGCAUGUAGGGGAAACCCCAGAGCAGUCAGAGUUUUUGCUUCUUGCUGUAAAUGUACAUUGAUGGAAGUUCAGUUGUUUCCCGUUCCUUGGAGAAACUGGUGCCAGCUCAGAAACGGAGGUGACUGGCUCAUUAAACGCUGCUCCACACCCAUCCUCUCAAUGUGCUGCCUGAUGCCUUGAAGCGCCUUCCCGGGGGGUGGGGGGCAGGGGGGGUCUGCUUGCUCCCAGGUCUCGCAGCCACCUUUGACCAGGUGGGCUUGCAGGAGACACUGUGUUUUUAAUAAAUGCAUUUCUCUCGUA